CAGAUACCUAGGUAUUUACAUAACUAUUCACACAGAGAUGACUUCAUUAAUUGCUACAUAUUAUAUCCUCAGUACUUUUACGUUCUCGGUCUCACAUAUUUAGGUGCCUAUAACAAUAUAACUGCUCUUUGGCCUUUUAAUAAGGGUAUACAUCCAAAUAGACUCUACAUUGCGGGUAGUAUUACAUGAGUAUCUACAUGCGAUAAGAUAAGCUGCCAGUGAUGAUGCUCAGCUUUUUUUCUCUCCUACAAGUUCGUCGUGCUAUCAAUGCGAAAUCGCCCGACCAGGUCUCAACCAUCCUAGACGAAGCGGCACAUUCUCUCAAAUCCCCCCAGGCAUUGCCACGUAUGCCCAAAUACGGGCUGCGUCUGAGAGGAUACCCCUGAACUCCUGCCCUCUGGAUGACUGAUCGGCAAAUCACCGAAUCUUCCAUUGGACUCGCCGGACGCCUUUCACAUUUGCCUCAGACCUCAGGUCGGGCGGAGGAUCGCGGGUGGAGGUCUACAAGGAACUUCCGUCGGGAUACACCCAUAUUUAAGGAACUCGGUCCUCGUAAGAUCUGGCUGCCGGCUACUCCUACUGUCGCUGAGAUCCAAACGCCAGAUUUACCGGCUACAACCCCGUGGUAUACGAGCCGGAAGCAGCGGACGUGGCUUUUAAAAGCCCACCCCGAAGCUCGCUUAGGAAAUGAAUAUAUACACGAUGAGCUGUCGCUCCUACAUUCAUCACGACAGCCUCACCGGGAUGAACUGAGGUCGUCACUUUUCACAAUCGGUGAGCUCGCCGAUAGGACCAAGCUGGAAAGAACAGUGGGCGCACCCUUGGUAGCUGUCGCCGCAGGCAGAGCAAAUGAUGUACUUUGCCUCGCAAAACCGGCUGUGGAGGAAUGGCAAUGGGGCGACGACGACAGGGUAUCGCUGUUACUCGCUGGCAUGGGGAACGCUGAUUCUGUGCUAUGGGAGGAUGAUACGGCAGGCCCAAUCCGCCGUCUGAAGAGCGUAGUGGACGCGAAGAGGUAUGACCCGACGCGCUGGUUAAUCCUACAGAAAGAUGCCGGUACUCGUGUUUUCCAACCCGAAUAUCGCAGAGUUGCGACGACAUCUACACCCAACAGCGGGGAAAGGCCCUCUCGCAUCGACCCAAAUCCGCUGUUCUUUCUCUCGAAGGACCAGACCGGAGGCAAUCCCCAUUCAGACGUUUCAUUCAACCCGGGCACAAGAGGGAACCCUCCCCAACUCGGGCUUAUCGAUGAGUGCGGCUUCUGGAGCGUCUGGGAUAUAGCCCAUACUCGGGUCAGGUCCAGAAAACCAACGUUUAGUCUUAACAAAUGUGGACAUAUCAGAAAUGGUCUUUUGAAACAACUUCCUUCUAGGUGCUCUAAAGAUGCGGCAGAGUGGCACAAGAUACUUUGGAUUGGCCCCCCGGAUGACCUAUCAACUGGAAGUUCACAGCCGUUCGACCUUGAAGAAGGUGUAGAUGUUUCCUAUUCUCAGGGUUCCUUUCCGCAGCUCGUACGGUCGUCGACGCUGCUUUUAUGUGGUCCGAAGUCAGCUAGAUUGCUAGACCUCUCCAGGAGCUCAUUCCUCCCUGAUUUGCCUCUUGUACAAGAGGAAAGUCAAGAUCGGAUCCUUGAUGUGUAUGAAAACCUUUUGGAGACUCAGCUCGUCUUUAUCCUCACUACUCUAAGAUUAUUUGUGGUUAGGGUUUUCUCAACGUCUGGGGGGGAGUGGGGUGAGGUGAAAAAGGGAUGGGCCGUCGUCCUCUCAGUCCCCCACUUCAGGAACGGCCUCGACCCCAGUUUAAGGCUUAUCGUCUCCCCGGGCGCUAGAUCAUCCACUCAGGUCAUCUCCCAAGUCUACAUAUACUCGACAAGCAGCUCUUGGGUAGACCUUUUCUGCUUUUCCGCGCUGAGAAGUGACCUUUCUAGGAUUGACUAUCAUCACGAGGCCGUCGUACUAGGAGCUUUGGCCCGAACGGCUUCGGGAGCGACACUUCAGACCCUAUGUCUUUACCCUACGCCUGGGGUUUUGAGGGCGCCAGGUAGAUUGACCCAGUCUGUUCACAGUCUAAUUCAGCAAGAAGUUAGGUUCUUCCAACUUGCUGCCCUGAGGACGGACAUGAGUCUUGUCUCCACCCUUUGCGUGUCCUCCUCCUUACGACCUAUCGAACAUAUAACCCGUCCCAAUCGACGGGUACGUCAAAAUCCAAUAAAGCCCCGCAGGAAAAGGGAAGGUCACCCUAAGUCCUCGUCUUAUCACUUUAUCGUCCCGGUCGAGGUUGAUUUACAGAGCCUCAACGUCGAACAUGAUCAAGCUCUCGACCGUGUGUCUGGGGCCUAUCGCCCUCCACAGUCAAUAUUAAAACGGCCUCUGGGAUUGUUCUACGAACACCUAUGUGCCGUUCUUGAUGACCAGAUCAAUAGAGACUCUGGAAUAUAUACAAGCGCAGAGAUAUCCAGUGCUGAUCCGUUUCACCGUGUUUCUCCUGUCAUUGAACGAGCGCUCGCCAACGGAUCUCUGCCUGCUAUUACUCUUUUUCAAAUGAUUGGAGAAUCGAAAUUAUAUAACGAUACGAAUCUUGGAUCAGCCGCGUGGGAGGCCAUCAUAGAAAGUAUUCGGCGCAUGAAUCCAAAUUUAGUCUUAUUGGGGUUUGAUCAUCCACGUGGCCAGCUUAUAGGAUCAACAUCUUCGCUGGAAGACUCGUAUUCUAUGCUUCUUGAUAUAAUAGGAAGUUUUCUUCCGGGGGGUCAAAAGAAAGCUGGGACACGGGACUCCGAGGUAGCAGUGUUUCGGGAGAUGGCGCGCGAUAUUUAUUUAUCUUCUCUUGGGUUGGUUUAUUAUCGGCUGGAUUUGGACAGCUCUCGGCAACUCUCUACCCCGGUAUCUCAGACGCAAGACUCGGGCAGUAUGCUUGUCGACAGCCAGCAGCAAGGGCCUGCAGUGGACUCGUCACAACCACAGUCUGACGCUGGCACAACAGGAUCCAAGGGAUCACAUGUCGAAAUAUCCGAGGAAGACCCAGCCAUGGCUCUCAUAAGGUCAUAUACCGGCACCGGCAAGUAUGGGGUGGCAAAACGGAGCAAGCUCUUGGAAAAGUGGACGGUUGGUGACGACCCAGCCGACUACGUGUUCGAUCUAAAUAGAGACGAGGAAGAGACGCCGAGAAUGCAAAGGAGAGCUAGGCAGCUAGCGCGGCAAAAUCACAAAAGGCGAAGGGCGGAGUCGCUUCAACAGACACCGUGGGACCGGGAGCCGAGUCUACCGUCGACUCAACCGACCCCAGGUUUGCGGUCCAUCAACCAGCAGAGCCAACCCCACGUAGGAUCCUCGCAAGGCCAGGCCACCUCGUCGCAUCCGCGGCAAACGAUGUCGCAACCGACACCGGGCGUCUUUGGUCAGAGACCAAAUAAAAGGGUUAAAAAGCGGAAAGGAGGCUUCUAAUGACGGUGUACAUAUAAUGGGCGGCAGCCUGUGCUGACGCUGGUGAGAGCCUCCUUACGCGGCCUUGGCGAGUAAAGAAAGGAGAAUUACGGGUAGAGACGAAUGUGGCCGGUCGCAGGUGGCCGAAGCUAAGGAGUGAGGGCGAUGCUUUGCGGUAGGUAUCCGAUAUAGUAAUACACAUAUGUUCCGGACUUGGGGGGUUUUGUUUUCUUGAUUUUCUUCCUCUGAGCAUGUCGGCCUUUUGGAUCGUGAAUUCUACAGCGAAGUAGUUGCGCACUCAACGUUGGCAGGCAAAUUCGUAGUCGCUAGUAGGUACAAUCCGACAUUUUCCAGUAGG